AUGACGACAGCUCGUCCCGUCCUCGGCGUCGAUCAUCUUCGGCAUGAAUCAUCUCGGCCAUCAUCAUCUCUGAAAUGGAUCAUCUCGUCCAUCAACGUCUCCGGCGUCGCUCGUCUCCAGCGUCGCCUAUCUCCAGCGUCGCUCUUCUCCGCCGUAAUCAACUCCGUUGUAAUCAUCUCCGCCAUCUCUCUGAAGAAGCCCCAGCAGACUGAUCCGCCUACAAUCCCUGUCGUGAAGCUUUUCUUAUCUGGAGACUUUCCUGAAGGUGAAAUCUAA